AGAGCGUGCGCAGCAGGGAAGGUGACCUCCGACCUGCGUAACCCCCCGACCCCUGCUGCUCCUCAGGUGGCCCUAGUGCGCUGGACGGACAGCGUGGGCCUGACGCUGGUGAGCAGGGACUUGACCUCCAUGCAGCUGAAGACUCCUGCCGGACACAUCCUGACCUUUCACAUCCUGCAGAUAUUCCCCUUCACGUCGGAGAGCAAGAGAAUGGGCAUCAUUGUUCGAGAGGAGGCCACGGGUGACAUCACUUUCUAUAUGAAGGGGGCUGACGUCGCCAUGGCAAGCAUCGUGCAGUACAACGAUUGGCUGGAGGAGGAGUGUGGGAACAUGGCCAGAGAGGGACUUCGCACUCUGGUGGUGGCGAAGAAGUCCCUGUCAGAGGAGCAGUACCAGGACUUUGAGAACCGGUACAACCAGGCCAAGCUGAGCAUCCACGACCGGGGGCUGAAGGUGGCGGCCGUGGUGGAGAGCCUGGAGAGGGAGAUGGAGCUGCUGUGCCUGACCGGAGUGGAGGACCAGCUGCAGGCCGACGUCCGGCCCACCCUGGAGAUGCUGAGGAACGCAGGCAUCAAGAUAUGGAUGCUGACUGGGGACAAACUGGAAACGGCGACCUGCAUCGCAAAAAGCUCGCACCUGGUCUCCCGCAGCCAGAACAUCCACGUCUUUAAGCCCGUCACCAGCCGAGGGGAGGCCCACCUGGAGCUGAACGCCUUCAGGAGGAAGCACGACUGCGCCCUGGUCAUCUCCGGAGACUCCCUGGAGGUGUGUCUGCGCUACUACGAGCAUGAGUUUGUGGAGUUGGCGUGCCAGUGCCCCGCUGUGGUGUGCUGCCGCUGCUCGCCCACGCAGAAGGCACAGAUCGUCACGCUGCUGCAGCAGCACACGGAGAACCGCACGUGUGCCAUAGGUGACGGAGGCAAUGAUGUCAGCAUGAUCCAGGCAGCUGACUGUGGCAUUGGCAUCGAGGGAAAGGAGGGUAAGCAGGCCUCCCUGGCUGCCGACUUCUCCAUCACGCAGUUCAAGCACAUCGGCCGACUCCUCAUGGUCCACGGCCGGAACAGCUACAAGCGCUCGGCCGCCCUGGGCCAGUUCGUCAUGCACAGGGGCCUUAUCAUCUCCACCAUGCAGGCUGUGUUUUCCUCCAUUUUCUACUUUGCGUCGGUGCCCCUGUACCAGGGUUUCCUCAUGGUGGGGUACGCCACCAUCUACACCAUGUUCCCAGUCUUCUCCCUGGUCCUGGACCAGGACGUGAAGCCAGACAUGGCGCUGCUUUACCCCGAGCUCUACAAGGACCUCACCAAGGGGCGCUCCUUGUCCUUUAAGACGUUCCUUAUUUGGGUCUUAAUAAGUGUCUACCAAGGGGGCAUCCUGAUGUACGGGGCGCUGCUGCUCUUCGAGUCGGAGUUUGUGCACGUGGUGGCCAUCUCCUUCACGGCGCUCAUCUUCACCGAGCUGCUCAUGGUGGCCCUCACCAUCCGCACCUGGCACUGGCUCAUGGCGGUGGCCGAGGCCGUCAGUCUCGGCUGCUAUUUGGCCUCCCUCGCUUUCCUGAAUGAGUACUUUGGCAUAGGCAGACUGUCCCUCGGAGCUUUCCUAGAUCUUGCCUUUAUCACCACUACUGCCUUCCUCUGGAAAGUCUUUGUGAUAACAGUCAUCAGCUGUCUUCCUCUCUACAUCGUCAAAUACUUGAAGCGCAAAUUCUCCCCGCCAAGCUACUCCAAGCUUACCUCAUGAGUGACUUUUUUGGGGGAGGGGGGGGGGCUUUCCUGUUUUUCGGUCCUUUUUUUUUGUUCCCUUCCCACCAUCCUGUGGUCCCUGGCAGCCCGAUUACUGCAGACCCCACCCUCCACCCCCCUUACGGGCUGCAUCGCCAC